GGUAGUCUAAGCACAGGCAAAGAGCCGGGCUUCGGCUCCGAAAACCACGUGUUGGUAAUUGAACACUCAGCUCAGGCCCACGGAGUUCCUUUUCGAGUGAUUCAGUGCGCUCAGAACCAUUUCUGCUCGAGAGAGCAGCUCUCCACGGAAUCAUCGUCCACGUCGUCGGUGUCGAACCCACGUCCCGGCGAACAUAUGUGACACAGAGUGAAUAAUCGUCGUAUCGGCUGCGCCCGCCCGAAGCAUGGACACCCUGAACUUCUUCGACCUACUCGAUAGGGACCCUAUCGACUCCAUUUUGGAUAAGGAGCCGGCCCUCCUUUCCGAUCUUCCCCAAGAGCUAGAGAGCGACUAUAUACCGAAUGAAGACUCAUCACUCGAGUUUUGGACCAAGUACCUCACCAAUGGUGACAUCGAAGCAGCGGCUCCCCCUUCGCCAGACGUUGAGGAGAUCGACCUUAAGGAAGAGGCUAUCGACCCCCAGUCGAUGUACGAGCAUUCUUAUUGCUCGCAGAGCAAUCCUUCGACCACACACUCGAAACCUCCUGUAAAAAAUGAAAUCAAACAGGAGCGCUCGGGCUCGCCUCACAUGUCCACGUCCUCGGGCGUAUCUUCUUGUGGCGGGAAAGAGGACACAUGUGACGAGGAUACCGGAGAUGAAGACAUCGAACUCGAUGUGACCUCCUCGCCACUCUACGAGGAAGAAUUAUGCGUCGAAGACAUGGACGACGGUGAGGAAGUUCUGUCGGGCGAUAUCGCUGCCGAUAUCAUCAUCACGUCGAGCGAGACACCGGUCGUGAACACCGUGACGGGACACAGUCGACCACACAAAAUCAUCACGACAACCUCCAUCAAAUCCAGAACCCUGAAAUCCGGACGCAAUCAGAGUGGUGGCCACACGAUCAGUGGUCCUGCGGGUACCCUGGUGCUAACGGAGGAAGAGGUGCGCCUUAUGAAGAAAGAGGGCGUUCCCAUCCCGGCGCAAUUACCCUUGACAAAACAUGAAGAGCGAGAGCUGAAGAAGAUUCGGCGGAAAAUCAGAAAUAAACAGAGCGCACAAGACAGUCGGAAACGCAAGAAAGAAUACGUUGACGGUCUGGAAAGCAAGGUGAAGCAGUGCAGUCAACAGAAUGUCGCUCUCCAGAAAAAAGUCGAAACUCUGGAACGACAGAACAAUUCACUGCUUGUUCAGCUUCGCCGACUUCAGAGUCAACUCAGCGGUCAGCCCAACCCCGGACUCAACAACGGGGCACAGACGUCCACAUGCGUCAUGGUCCUCUUGCUGUCGUUCUCGUUAUUGUUGCUGCCCAAUUUGAAAAACUCGCUCUAUCAACAAAGCAAAAGCGCCAACUCUCAGGCCCAGCUUGAGAAGUUGACGGGAGAACUGCUUUCGCGACUGGGAGAGCAGACGCCCAAUUCCGUCGAAGACACCGAUAUCCCUGCAACUGUCAAGAGCCGUUCGCUUUUGUUCUCCAAGGAGGAAUCUUUCAAGGACAUCACGAUGAGAUGCCCAACGCAGAUGGGCUACCGAGAGGACCCUGUCAGCGAUGAAGAGGACUCAUCUUCCGGAAAAGUUUCCGAAGCUUGGAAGAGCAACAACAUUUCUUCCGAAGAACUUCGAUUAAGCCUCAAGCGUCUGCCGUCUCCACCGCUAACUCCUCCGAUGGGCAACAGCGACGAGGAGUCUGUCGACGGGUUCAGUAACAGCAACAACACCAAGAGACUUCGACUUGUUCAGAUGUGAAGGCUCGAUCAGAUCCGGGAGGAGCUCGGUCGUCAUUCGUUCAGGACUGACGCCAGAUUUCAAUAGUGGAAUUCGUCGAAAUGAGCGGGCUGCCUACAGAAAGGGUGGAUGCCUUGGCGCCCACGAUACGUUAUAGUUGCAAUGUUUCCCGACCUCGGCCGCCCUUCGGGAUGAUUUUUGAACAGCUCUCCUCUGAUUCUCGCCUACAAGUUCCAGCUCCGAGCUCUGCCGUAUUGUCAGACACGGUUAACAACGUUUGAAAGGAAGCGCGGCCGAAGCUGCGAGACUCUUGGCUUGGGAAUGUUCUGGUAGGGAGGGACUCGAGAUAUAUAAUACAUAAAGAUAUAUAAAAAUAUAUAUUCAUAAGUACAUACGAACGAACACACAACACGCAGACAAACAAGCAAACAAACAGAAACACACAAGAAUUUUGUGUAAAUUGGUUCUGAUCUCACACGCGUGGCGGUGAUGGCUUCCGAUUCUCGAUCCCGCGGGCUUCCUUCUCAUUUUCGACUGUCUGAUGGUGUUGUUCGAAAGCCGCAGGACGAGAUCCUAACUGCAUCUUCUUCGCGCCGAGCGUGAUCUGGGACUCUGGAUAUCGAAACUCAUAAGGGUUGACAUAAACCCCAGCCUUGUUUCGCAAUUUUUACGACCUCUUCUAGCUGUCAGCUUAGUUAUGGCGCCGAAGGCUCAGCAAGUGAAGCGGGGCCCAGGCUGCCCGCUAGGUACGGAAAGUGAACUAAAAUUAAGCUUUCUUCAAGAGUUCCGUUCGAUGUGAUAGAUCACGAGGCAAAAUACAUCAAUGACCAUACUA